CAGUUUUCAACCUUUGACCCCUUUCAUUCCAAUCAAUUGAAAUUUUCAAUCACAAUCACUUUCUUCUUCUUCCCUUCCCCUAACACACCCCAAUUCCUCCUUUUCAUUUUUUAUUUUCAAAUGGGUCCCAUCUUCUAUCUGUUUCAUUGGGCCCAUUAAUUUGGUUUUCUUUUUUGUUGAUAUCUUUCCAAGUUAGCUUCUUUUUCUCUUCCGUCGUUCUGCGUUUCAAUUGCAUUAAUUAAUUAAUUGGUUUGUUAAUUGAUGGCCGCUUUUUUAAUCAUUAUUUAAUUUUCCCACAGUUAAUGCUGAGUUGGGCUUUGUCAAGUUUUCAAGUGUUGGUUUUUGCUUUUCUACUACAAUUUGCAUGCAUUUAGCUGUUUUCUCUAGAAUCUGGAUACCUGGUUCCUUCUUUCUUCCAUCAUUCAUUCCACUCGGUAGCUUUUGUCUCUUACCUUAAAUUUCAUUGAUGUCAAUGUUCUAUUUGAGCUUUCAUUUAUUAAUAAUAAAUAAACAGAAGAAGAAUUAGAAUUAUUCUCACUCUACCUUUUGUUUCUGUUUGGGGUGUUAACGAAUAUAUCUUAACUAGGAAAGCAUUGUGCAUUGGCUUCAUAAUUUAUUUUGGUUUGGUCAUUUUUAGCAUCAUGUAUUGUAUGUUCCUUUGUUACUAUUCUAGAUAAAUGUGUUUGGAAUGUUUGAGAACAUCUCAUUUUUCUCUAAUUUUUGUUCUAUGUUUAGGUUUCAUCAUUUAGAGUGACAGAGAAUAGCUGCCAAGAAUAGCAGCGGUAUUAUUUUGUGAAGAUGGUACUAGGAUUAAGAUCAAAGAGUAGAAAAAGUGUCUCAAUCCAAGUUCAAUACAUCAUCCAUGUUCAGGAGAUCAAGCCGUGGCCCCCUUCACAAUCACUGAGGUCUGUUCAAUCGGUAGUACUGCAAUGGGAAAAUGGUGAUCAAAUUUCUGGGUCUCUGGCAUCCACAGCUGGCACUGGAAAAAUCGAAUUUAAUGAAUCUUUCAGGCUUUCAGUGACUAUGUGGAGAGAAGUAUCCAAGAAAGGCAAACACCGUGAAAGUUUCCAGAAGAACAACUUAGAGUUUUACUUGUAUGACAAAACAGUAAAGAGUCACCUAUUGGGAUCAGCCACAAUUAACUUUGCAGAUUUUGGAAUUAUUAAGGAAACUAAAGCCUUAAACAUUUUGUUGAACAUCAAGAAGAGUUCCAAAAAUUCUUCACAACCAUAUCUUUUUGUUAGUAUUCAGCCAUUUGAUACAGAGUGUUCCAGCUCAUCACCAAGCAGCAGCUUGUCAAAAGAAAUGUCACCAGACAAGGAAGGAAGUGAAUCUGUUUCACAUUCAGUAAAAGAUGACGAAGAUCUUGAAAUUGCCUCUUUUACUGAUGAUGACACUGAUGACAUCCCUUCAAACACCUUCCAAACUAUCAGAUCUACUUCAAAGAUUACUGGAGACGGCAUCAAAAUCAGUGAAAGAGGAACAGAAGGGUCUCAUAGAGAAUUUGUUCUACCUCCUGAAAGUACUACUUCUAACUCACGUGGAAACACAGAGGGCGAGGCAUCCACACAGUUCAGUGACAUCAAAUCUCCUUCGCCUACAGUUCUGUGCUCAGAUGCGGGAAAUGCUUCAAAUGGCAGGCCUUUAUUACCUAAAAUUUCUGAGAAAAGUGUCAAACUUGUUGAUGCAAGUUCUGAAAUUCUUGAAAGCAAACAAUCCUCUACUUCAUACACUUCAUCAAGUAUGAAACAAAACUUUGAAAGAUCUUUCCAAUCUCAAGUGACUGAAGAGGAUAGCAUGACUCAAGAAGAUGGCACAAGAGAUCAGAGAUUUAAUAAAGAUGCUCGGGAGAAAGUUAGCAGUGUUUCUAACACUAAAGUUAUGAAGGACAAAGAGAAAAAGGAGGAGAGAAGGAAAAGACCAGAACAGUUUAGCAUGAGGAAUGAACGUUUAGGAAAUGAGCUUGUUAAUAAUUAUUCUGAUGAUGAGAAAUUAAAUAGUGCCACUCUUCUGCCAAACAAGAAAUCACAUGAACAUGAAACAAGUAUUAUGAUGAAAGAUAAAACAGAGGACGUGACAAAUGUAAAGUUUCCUCUACAAUCUGCUGAGAACUAUAAAGAGAAAAAGGAGGAAAGAAGGAAAGGACCAAAACAGUUUACCAUGAGGAAUGAACUUUUAGAGAAUGAGCGUGUUAAUAAUUACUCCGAUGAUAAUUCUACAAAGAAAGGGGAAUUAGAUAGUGCUACUCUUUGGCCAAACAAGAAGUCACAUGAACAUGAAACAGGUAUUUUAAUGAAUGAUAAAACAGAGGACGUGACAAAUGUAAAGUUUCCUCUACAAUCUGCUCUGGAGAAAGUUAGCAGUGUUUCUAAUGCUGAAGUUAUGGAGCACAAACAGGAAACAGAGGAGAGAAGGAAAGGACCAGAACAGUUUACCAUCAGGAAUGAACUUUUAGAAAAUGAGCUUGUUAGCAACUAUUCUGAUGAUGAUUCUACAAACAAAGGGGAAUUAGAUAGUGCUUCUCUUCUGCCAGACAAGAAGUCGCAUGAACAUGAAACUAGUAUUUUGAUGAAGGAUAAAACAGAGGACAUGACAAACAUAAAGUUUCCUCUACAAUCUGCUCUGGAGAAAGUUAGCAAUGUUUCUAACACUGAAGUUAUGGAGGACAAAGAGGAAAUGGAGGAGAGAAGGAACGGACCAGAACAGUUUACCUUGAGGAGUGAACUUUUAGAUAAUGAGCUCAUUAACAAUUACUCUGGUGAUGAUUCUACAAACAAAGGGGAAUUGGAUAAUGAUACUCUUCUGCCAAACAAGAAGUCACGUGAACAUGAAGCAAAUAUUUUGAUGAAUGAUAAAACAGAGGACAUGAAAAAUGUAAAGUUUCCUCUGCAAUCUGCUCUGGAGAAAGUUAGCAGUAUUUCUAACACUGAAGUUAUGGAGGACAAAGAGAAAAUGGGGGAGAGAAUGAAAGGACCGGAACAGUUUACCAUGAGGAAUGAAGUUUUAGAAAAUGAGCUUGUUAAUGAUUAUUCUGAUGAUGAUUCUACAAAGAAAGGGAAAUUAAAUAGUGCUAAUCUUCUGCCAAACAAGAAGUCACAUGGACUUGAAACAAGUAUUUUGAUGAAUGAUAAAACAGAGGACGUAACAAAUGUAAAGUUUCCUCUACACUCUGCCGAGAACUAUAUAGAGAAAAUGGAGGAGAGAAGGAAAGGGCCAGAACAGUUUACCAUGAGGAAUGAAGUUUUAGAAAAUGAGCCUGUUAAUGAUUAUUCUGAUGAUGAUUCUACAAAGAAAGCGAAAUUAAAUAGUGCUAAUCUUCUGCCAAACAAGAAGUCACAUGGACUUGAAACAAGUAUUUUGAUGAAUGAUAAAACAGAGGACGUAACAAAUGUAAAGUUUCCUCUACACUCUGCCGAGAACUAUAUAGAGAAAAUGGAGGAGAGAAGGAAAGGGCCAGAACAGUUUACCAUGAGGAAUGAAGUUUUAGAAAAUGAGCUUGUUAAUGAUUAUUCUGAUGAUGAUUCUACAAAGAGGAAAUUAAAUAGUGCUAAUCUUAUGCUAAACAAGAAACCAAAUGAACAGGAGACAAGUAUUUUGGUGAAUGAUAAAACAGAGGACGUCACAAAUGUAAAGUUUCCUCGACAAUCUGCUGAGAACUAUGGGCUGUUCAACAAAAAUCAGACCGAUAAUCAGGCAGAGGAAAUUAAAACUAUGAAUGAUGCUCAUGUUGAUACUGCUUGCCAUGAAGAUGAUAAUGUGAAUGGCAGCUUUCUUGACAAUAAAACUGAAUUGAAGGCUGAAGUUGAAAGGCUUCGAGAAGAGCUGAGGGAAGCUGCUGCUCUUGAAGUUUCAAUUUACUCAGUUAUUGCUGAACACAGUAGCUCAUCAAACAAGGUCCAUGCACCUGCUCGGCGCCUUUCUAGACUCUAUUUCCAUGCUUGUAGAGUUGGGUCCCCUGCUACAAUAGCUAGUGCAGCCCAGAGUGCUGUCUCAGGAUUUGUUUUGGUUUCAAAAGCAUGUGGAAAUGAUGUUCCAAGGUUGAUAUUUUGGUUCUCAAAUGUAAUAUCACUGAGAGCAAUUGUAAGCAAAAGAGUUGAAAAUAUACACAUUGGUGGUGGUCCAUGCUUCAACAGUGAAUGUGAUGUAACUGGUAACACUCUUCAUGAAGAAGAAAAAGACAAUACAGAUAGCUGGGAGGAUCCAAAAACAUUUAUAGUCGCAUUGGAAAAGGUUGAAGCAUGGAUAUUCUCUCGAAUUGUUGAGUCUGUGUGGUGGCAGACUCUUACACCAUAUAUGCAGUCUGCAGCUACAAAGAGCUCUAGUUGUAUGAAAGCCUAUGAGAAAAGAUAUCGUGUUGGUGAUCCAGAUCAGGGAAGUUUUUCUAUUGAUUUAUGGAAAAGAGCUUUCAAGGAUGCAUGUGAUAGGCUUUGCCCUAUUCGAGCUGGAGGGCAUGAGUGUGGCUGCUUGCCUGUGAUAGCUAGAUUGGUGAUGGAGCAGUUGGUUAGUAGACUUGAUGUGGCAAUGUUCAAUGCUAUUCUUCGUGAAUCCGCCGAAGAGAUGCCCAUGGAUCCUAUAUCUGAUCCCAUCAGUGAUUCUAAGGUUCUUCCUAUUCCAGCUGGAAAAUCAGGCUUUGGAGCUGGUGCACAACUAAAGAAUGCUAUUGGUGACUGGUCAAGAUGGCUUUCAGAUUUAUUUAGCAUUGAUGAUAGUAGUGAAUCCCUUGAAGUUAGCAAUGAAGACGAUGAACCCAAAUGCGAAUCAUCCUUCAAGCCUUUCCAUCUCCUAAAUGCGUUAAGUGAUUUAAUGAUGCUUCCUUUGGACAUGCUUGCAGAUGGAUCUACCAGAAAAGAGGUUUGCCCAAAAUUUGGUAUAUCAUUAAUAAAACGAGUUGUCAACAAUUUUGUUCCUGAUGAAUUCUCCCCAGGGCCUAUCCCGGAUGCGGUUUACGAUGCCCUGAACGAGGAUAUUGAGGAUAAUGAAGGGUGCAUUACAAGCCUUCCAUGCUCUGCUGGUUCCACUUUCUAUGCACCACCUCCACCUUCUUCAGUUGUGGGCAUGCUUCAAGAAGUGAAAACCAAAACUUCACUAAGAAGUGGGUCAUUUGUGCUCCAAAAGUUAUAUACCAGUGAUGAUGAACUUGAUGAAUUGGAUUCACCACUUUCUUCUCUUGGCGUGGAUGACUCAUCAGUUUCGUCCAAGGAAAAGUUUGCUCCAGUUAAGGGUGGCCGUAAGGUUGUACGAUUUGAGCUCCUGCGAGAAGCGUGGAAGACUAGUGAAUGAUCACAAUCUUCCUAUCAAUUUUUUUGUUCUUGUAUAUAACAUGUAUUUACAAUUCAGCCCAAUAUAUUCUGUAUUUGUUUUCUGUUUCAAAUAAAAAUCUUGGCCUUAUAAUCUUGAACUUUUU